AUGAAUGACUACAGUAGAAGGAACCGCCAUUUGGCUGAGGGUUUUUUCCAUCCAUUAGCAGGAAAGGUUGCUGAUUUAGAUAGAGAACAGGAAGAGGAGGAAGGUUGGGGGCGUUUUGGCAGCAGCAGCAGCAGCAGGAGGAGGAACGGCAGCCCGCCCGCCCGUAGCCGGCGAGCCAGGUCGCUGCGUGAGGAGGAGAAGGCGGCGGCGAGUAGAGGCCAGCGAGCCGAAGGGACCCGGGCCCUUCCAAUGGAGGAAGAGGAGAAGAUGGUGGCCGCCGUCGGCGAGGAAUGGCAAGAGGUCGCGCAAAAGAGAAAGGCCUGGGCUAAAAGCCGGGACUCCUGGCAAGCGUCGGAAGCCGAGCGCCUGUCUCCAGAACCGGCGGCGGAUCUGGCCGCAGAGCAGGAGUUGUGCGGCGCCAAGUUGCCCUUGACUGCGGAAGGAGGCGCUAUUCCAAAUGAAAAGAUUGCAAUAUGGCUUAAAGAUUGUAGAACACCAUUGGGAGCUUCCUUGGAUGAGCAGAGCAACCCAACGUUAAAAGGCAUGCUGGUGAGGAAUGGAGGAAGUUUUGAAGAUGAUUUGUCUCUGGGAGCAGAAGCUAAUCAACUGCAUCAAAACAGUGAACAAAUGGAUAUCUGGUAA